AUGAAGUACUCUUUCGCCAUCGCCGCCCUCGCCGCCCUCGUCGUGGCCCAGGAUGCCUCCAUCAUCCCCGAGUGCGCCCGUGACUGCUUGAGCAAGGCCACCGCCUCUGCCACCAGCUGCAAGGAGGGUGACUACGCUUGCACUUGCAAGCCCGACAACAAGGCUGCCAUCCAGAGUGCUGCCACCUCCUGUGUCAUCGCCGCCUGCGGUGUUGACGUUGCCGUCAGCGAGGUCAUCCCCGCUUCCGAGAAGCUUUGCGCUGCCGCUGGCUCCGGCUCUGCCAGCUCUGCUGUCUCCUCUGCCGCUUCUGCUGCCUCCUCCGCUGCAUCUGAGGCCUCUUCCGCUGCUCCCUCCGUGAGCAUCCCCACCUCCGCCAGCGGCUCUGUCUCCCUUCCCUACAACACCGUCACCGGCACCGAGCCCGCUGCCACCACCACCGUCGCCGCGACCACCACCAAGGCCGGCGGCAGCAACGCUACCACCACUGGUGCUGGCAGCGCUUCCACCACCCCCGUCCAGGCUGGUGCUGGUGCCCUCGCCCCCAUUGGCGGUCUGGCCAUGCUCGUCCUCGGUGCCCUCGCCAUCUAA